UCUCAUUAAUUUUCUCGAUCUCGUCCAACGUUGCAGAUCAACUCCUAAAGAGACACCAGCAUGCUCCUGUUGCUCUUCUUGUUGGGUCUGGCUCUGGGGGCCGUGUGUCCUUCUGAUGACCCUCCAUUUCAACUACAACGGGGCCAGUGUCCCAUGUUCUGGUACAGCUUCAACGGCCGCUGCUACAAGUACGUUGCCACACAGAUGUCCUGGGCCGAUGCAGAGAUCUAUUGUGUGUCACUUGGAACCAACCUGGCGUCAAUCCACAGUCUGGAAGAACAGUCGUUCAUCAAAAUCCUGAUCAGGAACUCUGACCCUGCUGAGGGACACACCUGGACUGGACUGAGUGACACUCACAAAGAAGGCGCAUGGAUGUGGUCUGAUGGAUCGAGAAUCGACUUUACAUAUUGGGACAAAGAACAGCCAGACAACAUCGGAAACGAGAACUGUGUCCAUACCAACUAUCUCGGCUUGAAGAAAUGGAACGACGGGAUCUGUUAUUCUAAUCUUCCCUUUGUUUGUGCAUCUCGUCUAAGCUGUCCUUAGGAACUGAGAUGUUCUACAUGUCUGAUUGAACCUGGUCAUUGUUCACUUGUUGUUCUGUUUACAAGCAUUUUGGCCUCUACAAUAAAAACACAGAUGGUCA